CAGAAGACUUAGCACCCAAGACUCGGAUCUUCCCAAUCAUGAAGGCUCUCAUCGUUUUUGUUUCACUGCUGGCAACAGUUUUUGCUCAAUUACCUGCUCCCAAUGCUGUACCCAUUCCUUACUCUUUCAACUACAUGGCUAACACGGAGGAUGGUGGAAGCAGCUCACAUGAAGAGAACGGGGAUGGGGCCGGACGCGUGACGGGAUCUUAUACCGUCAGCAAUCUGGAAGGACACACCCGGACGGUUGAAUAUGUUGCUGAUGAAGCUGGUUUCCGAGCUACAAUCCGUACCAAUGAACCUGGUACUGCCAACCAGAAUCCUGCUGACGUUGUGGUUGAAUCUUCAGCGGCAGAAGCUGGACCUGUUCUAACCAGUGCUCCUGCCCCCAAGCCCCCGGCUUCUACCAGGACUGGCGUUCGAUACGUCCUGGUUCCCAUAACCGAAUAAAUUAUUUUUCUGGCAAUUGUACUGGGCGUAUCAACGGAUAGAUGUUGGACUUUGAACUUAUUUAGUCAUGUGUUUGGUGUAUUGACUUGAAACUUGUGUAUAAUAAAUUUCAAUACAUAUGUUCUCUA